CAGGAAGUAGCAGCGACGAACUCACAACAACUCAAUAUCUUGAUACAUUAAUUAAAAGAGACGUUGAAAAACUAAAAUUGUAUAGUUAUGAUUAUUUGUGAAACGAAUGUGCAAUUCUUUCUCUACAAAACAGGGCAGCACUGAAUCAAAUAAGUCAAGCACUGAAUGGUAAAUAUCACUUAGAACCGAUCUCAAGAUUAGGUCAACAAUUGUUUGCUCUCCACAAUUCUCUUCCGUAGAAAAUCGGAGUCACCAUUUCAUUCAGCAACUUCUUACUUCCCAGAAAUAAUGACCUGAUGAGGUUGAGGUGUAAUCUUCUUCAGUGCUGCUUCACUAGCAGUUCUUCAAAUGGUGUUAUUCAGAUAAAGGGGAAAAUCUUCCCCUACUUGAUACUUGCACAAGCAACAAAUAAUUUUAAUAAACGUAAUUGUCUUGGAAAGAUAGGCUUGAAGAAUCUAUACUAUGGCAAACUUAGAGAUGGGUGUGAGAUUGUAAUUGAAAGAGUAUCAUCCAAUGACAAGAGGCAAAUAUUUCAGCAGUUCCUCAAUGAAAUUUUGGUUUCGAAUAUCCUGCAUCACAAAAAUCUCGUGACAUUUCGCGGUUAUGCCUUUCAUCAUGAGGAAUUCCUGGUAGCACAUGAAUAUCUCUCCAAUGGCACUCUUGCUGCUUAUCUUGAAUGUGAAAUCCAACAUAAUAAAUGCACAUUACCUUUGCUUACUCGAAUGGAAAUCGCCAUCGAUAUUGCGAAUGCAUUGAGCUAUCUUCACAAGCAUGGCAUCAUCCACCAUAACAUAAACUCCAGCAAUAUUCUGCUAGAUAAGAACAUGUGUGCUAAAGUUGCUGGCUUGCACUUAUCAAGGAAACUUCCGGAGGAUGUUUCUGUCAAUGCCACCAGCAUUGUUUCAAUUUCAAGUGAUUUAGCAAAAAAUUGUGUUUACAUUGACCCAGAGUAUGUGUCUCAUGGCAGAGUCAGCACCAAGAAUGAUGUUUAUAGCUUCGGAGUAGUGUUGUGCGAUUUGAUAUCAUCCAAGCUUGCUAAGUAUUGGGAAGGUUGUGACCGAGAAAGUAUUGCUGCACUUUUAGGCAGAAAUAUUGAAAAUCAAGCUUUGGACAAGGUAUUGGAUCCAAGAACUGGCUUCCAAUCAGACCAUAAGAUCAUGCAGGUGAUGACUGCAAUGGCGGAGCUUGCACUUAAUUGCAUGGGAUUUCCACAAGAACUCAGGCCAAAUAUGGAACAGGUGCUAGAUAUCCUCAAUGGCAAGAGACUAGAGAGAUAUAAAACAAUAGAAGCUUUCAGAAUCUUUGACUAUGCUGAUCUCAGAAAAGCUACCAUGCAAUUUCGUCCAGAUAGGAUCCUUGGAGAGGGAGGGUUCGGCAGCGUAUUUUAUGGUAUGUAUAUUUGUUCUUUUGGCUUGCCACUGAUAUUAGGAAAACUUCAAGAUGGACUUGAAGUUGCAAUAAAACGUUUCCACAACAUGCGGCAAAAUUCUCUUAAGCAAUUCAUGAAUGAAAUCGAGAUCUUAAGACUCUUGCACCAUAGAAACCUGGUUUCACUCUACGGCCGCAGCUCUUUUGAACAUAACGAACUCUUUCUAGUCUAUGAGUACGUCCCCAAUGGCACUGUCUCUAGACAUAUUCAUGGAGGUAAAAUUGAAAAGCUACCAUGGCUUACUAGAUUGAAUAUUGCCAUAGAAACUGCAACUGCAUUGGCAUAUCUUCAUGAUUCAGGUAUCAUACACCGUGAUGUAAAAGGAAGUAAUAUCCUCUUGGAUGAAAAUUUUUCUGUUAAAGUUGCAGAUUUCGGACUCUCACGGUCCCAACCAGAUUAUGUUACUCAUGUGUCAACAGCUCCAGCAGGGACAAAUGCCUAUAUGGAUCCGGAAUAUUUCCAAACAGGCAGGGUUUCCUAUAGAAGUGAUGUAUAUAGCUUUGGAGUGGUCUUGUUUGAGCUCAUAUCAUCUAAACCUGCAUUUUGGAGGGACGUCCCACACGGCGAGGCGGUUGGCCUCCCUAAGUUUGCAAUAAUCAAACUGUUAAAUAACACAUUGAAGGAGCUAGUAGAUCCAGAUAUUGGCUAUGAUUCAGAUAAAGAUGUAACGGAAAUGGUAACAGCAGUGGCAGAGUUGGCCUUUCAGUGCGUUCAGAGUCCUAAAGAGCUUAGACCUUCCAUGAAACAAGUGCUGGAGACCCUUGAGGGUAUAAAGAAGGGAACAUGGGGAUUCAACCAGAUAACUUAGUCUCAAUUCUCUGCCACUGCAUAUUUAUAUCUCCAGUUACUUGAUUCUUAUUCACACUUUCUUGACAGUUUGAACUCAUCCUUGAUAGCAUAAUUCUAUUUCUUUUGUUAAAUUUAUUGUUCAAAGUUUAUUGAGAUGUAGCAUAUAUUUAUAUAUCUAUAGAUAUUAUUUUGAAGGCACAAGCUAUGGCAUAUCGUGGUGCUACUACUUUGAA